AUGGGCUCUCCUGACCGCAAAAGAUCACUAGACUCUACCUCGGAUGGUAGUAAUGGUGGUAAUCGGGCAAAUCGCUAUAAACGCCAAGCAACCGAUGAGAGCAAUACCGCUGAGCUAUCCACCAUUUCAUUAAUUGUAUCAGACGAUGAAGAAGUCACUCCUCUUGCCUUUACUGAGGACAAUGCUCGUGUAACCACAUCAAAGCCUAAUUCAGGAUCUAAUGGCACUUAUAAUAACUACAACGCAUCUGGAAACAACAACCAUCACCACGGAUCUCACGGUAACAACUAUUCAGGAAAUGGAGGCCAGAGUGGUAGAACAACGGCUCCCUCCGAUUCUAAUGCCGAGACUCGCGAAUCAAGGCCUAUUCGCAUGCGCUCUCUUAUUUCUCCCAAAGAAGCCGGUGUAGUCAUUGGGAAAGGCGGAUCACAUGUUGUUGAGAUUCGUGACACCACUGGCUCUCGUGUGACAGUCUCGGGUCAGGUGCCAGGCGUAUUUGAUCGUGUGGUAACUGUACUUGGAGCUGCUGAAGCAAACGGUCGUGCCUAUAUGAUGAUCUCAACUAAACUUGCCGGUCAACAGCAUGACAACCAAAAUACGGAUCCCCAAUCUCGCACUGUGACUUUGCGUCUUCUUGUCCCACAAUCUCGCAUUGGAUAUAUUAUUGGUCGCCAAGGUGUACGCAUUAAGGAAAUCCAGGAAGUUUCUGGAUGUCGUGUGCUGGCUCAAGGCGAUCCUCUACCCAACUCUACCGAGAGAGUUGUCACUGUAAUUGGUACUCCUUCGUGUUUGGAAAUCGCUGUUACGCGGAUCUGUUUAUUGGUUGGCGAGGUCAAUGAUAAACAUACCGAUACAAUUUUAUACUCUCCUCAGGCUGUUGCUGCCAAUGCUGCUGCUGUCUAUGGUAUGGGUGCUAUGGGUGGAAUGCAAUACGGUGGUAUACCACACGGUGGUCAUGGAAUGGGCGGACAUGCCAAUAUGCAACAUGCAGCAGCUGUCGCGCAGAGAUCGAUGGGAUAUGCCAACAUGGCUGCUGCUUAUGGCGCACAAGCUGGCAUGCAAGGCGGUCAAGGCGGUGUUGGUCACCAAGGCUACUACAAUGCAAUGCAGGGUAUGGCUCAGCAACAGGCUGCUAAUCAGAUGGCCGUUUAUGGCUAUCACCAAGCUUAUGGAGCACCAAAUCAAAUGCAGAUGAUGGCUUCCGCUGGAUAUGGGGGCGGUGUUGGUGCAAGCGAUGGGGUCACCAAGGUUGAGCAAAUUACUAUUCCUGAUGAAUGCGUUGGUGCAAUCAUUGGUAAAGGUGGUUGCAAGAUCAACGAAGUUCGUAUUUCUUCGGGCUGUCAGGUCAAGAUUGGUGAUCCACAGCCAGGACAGCGUCGUCGUGUUAUUACUCUUACUGGAACUGCAGACGCAGUAUCUAAGGCUCAGUUUAUGCUGCUUGCAAGGGUUGAACAAGAAAGCCAAAACAAGGAUCGUCGUUGA